GAUAAUUUAUCUUUGUACGCGUACUUCUCCACGUGACAUCUUUGGCAUCAGAUGGGGACUUAGGAAUAUAUGUAUGUAGGUAUGUUCUGAGUGCUUUUUUCCGAUGAAAACGCUUUCUCGCUGUAUAAUGAAAAGUUCUCGAAAAAAAACCCACAAGUUGGAUGCUAAUUAACAAGAGGGGGGUAUUUAGUUUCCAUUUCCGUCAUACACAACAAUUUUCUCAUCCUCACACAGAGCCUCGGGUCUGUCGUAAACAACCUCGAGCCAGACGAUCAAAUAUCAAUUUCAAGUUCACAAUUCAGAGAAUUAGAGGGCAUGGGACGAUAGCUUAUUAUUCGUUUUUCUUUUUUUAGUGGGAAAUUUGUGGGGGUGAAACACGUGUAAUUUCUCCAAUGAUGACAAUUCGUGUCGGAAGAGCUUCCCCUUUUCUCCAUGGGUAAACCCCUAAUGCGCUGGCGCUUCCUGUGUGGGGAAGUUUAUAUUAUUUACGUAUGCGAAUAUUCAAAACAGAUAUUCCAUGCACAUUCGCUAAAAAGCACUACUUGAGUGACUCAGAGAGGGAGAGAGAGAGCUUUUGGCAUUGCACACAAAGUUGCUUUUCGUUGGCACUUUGUUAAGCUCCUUUUGCUCGCACCUCUUCCUCCUGGUCGUCGACACACGGCAAUAAAUAUACAUAAAUAGUGGCGUGAAUAAAUAUUUGGUCGGGCGGCGACUAUAGUGGUGGGAAAUUCUUGGUGGUGUGCCUGUGUUGCGCGAAAUGGAAUUGUGGGUGUCGGCGGUUGGAGAUUAUGAAAUGUGUAUUCGCAUCGUGGUAUACUGUUCAAUGCGCAAUAUUUGAUCAAAUGUGCUAUGAUUCUGUGUCUGCUACCAGGGAGGUACUCACUGCCAAAUGGCCCACAACCUUACCUGGUUAGCAGAGAUAAGAAAGAAGAUCUCUCUAUACAUAUUUUCGUGUGAAGCUUUCGAUAAAUUUCAAGCUUUAACGCGUAAAAUUUGAAAUGUAUAAUUUAUGAUCUCUGCUAAGCUCUAACUUUGAGAUUACCCUCUGAUUAAUUUUUUGUUAGUGGAAAAUUUUAAAUUCUAAGAAAAUCUACAAAACACUGAUAAAUGCGUAAUUUGUGAUUAUCAUGAGUUCUAUAAAAGAUUGCGAGAACAAAUUGCUUUUGGCAAAAGAAAUAGUUCUUUAUGACUAAUACCAUGACGAUUCAUUUCCCGCGAAAAAAACAUUAAAAUUUUCUUUUAUAUGCAAAUUUUUGCCCAAUUAAUUCAUAAAUAAAAACAAAAGUUUACCCACAAAUUCAUCUAGAAUCUUCCACAUCGAUCUAUACAUGGAAAAAUGAUGCCGUACGUCGUCUAAUCUUAAUGUCACACAUUGAGCAUUUUUCGUGUGCCCCGAUAAGAUAAGGGGGCUUGUUAUAUGUUUGCGUUAUCACGAAAACACAAUGCUCUUACAAUUUCCAUACAUCGCAGCUUAUUUAUCAAGCUUGGACUGCGUAGAAUACGGCUAAGUGCGUGGAAUAUCGCCAGAUGUUCCGCGGAAAGAGAUUGCGAUUAUGCUUGAGAAUUAAGAAUGUAGUUGUUAUCAGGAAUAAAAAUUAAUGAAUAGAGAGAAAAUUAUUAUGUGAAAAUUCGAAGAAAUUUUCAUAUCAUUUUUUUUUAAUAAAGAAACUAUCUUAUUAGCUAGAUGGAAUGCUCGAUUUAAGCUAAUUUAAAAUUAUUUUUUUAUUCUUUUCUUUUACUAUUAUUCUUUUGGUUAUUUUCUUUAAAUUUCUUUUGGCCUGGUUCUAACGUUGAACGUAAACUUUCCUUAGUUAGUUUUUUUCUUUCCUGAUUUUUCUUAAUGUUUUCUAUUUGCACGUAAAAAAAGAAAAUUGUAGAAAAAUCGCAGGAAUAGAAAAGUUGCAUUUCACAUGAGAAUUUAGCUACAGAAAAAGUUAGUAAAAGUUCUAACUUUAAAGGAAAUUACCGGAAAAGCUUUAGGAUCACUAUUGUUAAUUUUUCUUCAAAGAAAAUCCUAAUUUUUCUUUAUAUUUGGAAAACUUUUCAAAAAUUGAAUUAUAUGCAAUUUUUUCUAGUGUUUAAAAGACAGCAGAAGACGCAAGAAUAAGUAUUUUAAAGAAACUAAUAAAUAUAUUAAAUAGUCUAAAUGAAUUUUGGAAAAUUAAUCUUGAGACAAUUAUUCAAAAAAUAUACAAGUAAAGAAACUUUUGAAAAAAAAAGCUCUGAAGUUUUAUGAAAACUAAAAAUCAUUUUACAGAGUUCUACAAUAAAGUUUCAUUUACAAAUUAUUAAUUCAAAAGUUUUUCUCAAAAGAAUAAAUCCUAAAAGAAAAGUUUCAAGUUGAAAAUUUAAAAUUGGUACUAAAGUGUUUAGCACAUGCUAAUUUAAGGUGUUAAUUCAAGCAAGAAGAAAUUUAUGUAUAAGAAAGGUAAAGCCUUUUGCACCUUGCAUCUUGAGGCAAUUUAAUGAUGCGCCUUUGUUGUCAGAACAUGUGCAAAAUAUCAAAGGUUGGAUGAAUAGAGCUCGCUUCCGUACCUACUCCUACGCAGCAUCAACGAGAAAACUUUUUUUUUUAUAAAAUAAAAAAAACUUUUUCACUUUACACCAGAGAGGGGAAAGCUUCCUCUGUGUUGGGAGUAUCUGUGAAUGAAAUCCCCAAAAGACGAUAUCGCGCGCGGUUGGGGUGUCCCCCGCUGUGUUCGCGCCCUGCUUUUGAGUCGCUAGGCGCCGAGUUCGUGUCUGCCCGAUGCACGCUCUCGCCUGCCCCACACUCUGGAACGCCAAGCUUGCGAGGCACAUCGACACUCGACUGCUGUGGAAGCUUUCAGUUCAGCGCUGGCUGUCGGGACGGAAAUGAUUGUGAGCUGGUCAGCACGGGGACCGGCAUAGUUUCACCACAUACUGGGUAAUCCACCAUUCAAAUGACGAUAGCGUCGCGGUGAAGUAUUCUUCUUUUUUUUUGGCGGAGACUACCGGUUUUUUUCGCGCGUAGACACUGAGCAAUUAUCAAAUGUAAAGAACUUGCUCCUCUUGCUGUUCCCCGCCAUCAGCUAAAGAUAAACACGAGUGGUGUCGCCUUGUGGAUGUGUUGUGUGGCUAAUAAAGUGAGAGGAAAAUUUUCCUUGGGGCUUGUGAAAUUUUUUUCGGUGUAGAACUCCUCAAGUGGUUCGGACUCUUUUGGGCGGCAAACCACGCAUCAAGUCUCAAGUGUGUGAAUUUCUCAAUCAAUCUUUUUUUUUACUCUGCGGGUAGUACGUGGUUUAUUGGGAGAUUAUGCUUGAAUUUUUGUUGUUGUAUUCUUGAACAUAUAAAAUAUUCCUUUUGAGAUCAUUCAGCUAGAGCCCAAAAGAUUUCACGAGAGAGUGAGAGCGUGUCCAAUAACGACCCAUACAGUCAUGCUUUACAUUAUCAGUGGGGAAUGUUUUGAAUUCCCAUAAAAGCAACAAUAAGUCCCCACAUAUAUAUGAGAGCUCCACACGGAGGGAGAAUGCUGACUGAGAAAAUGAGCACUCUUCACGAGUGAUUGUGGUCGUUAUCUCGCUUAUCAAUGCGUGUAAACAGAGCGAAAUGCUCUCGCAUCAAUUCAACAAAUUUUCAAUUCAAGUAGCUGGAAAGUCGUGGUGAAAAGCCCCCGCGCCGCCAAACUCUCUGUGGACAUUGGACAGUGAAUGUAGCUUAUCGCGGGAAGACAACUCUGUUGAGAGUCAUUCAUCAUUCUCCAACCCCUCUGGUGGGAUUCUUUACUACACACCACCACGGUGCAGAAUCUCACCCAUGUGGCAAAAGUUUUUGAUAUUACAUGCCAUACAUACAUGUAGAUGUACUUUGUGUACAAGACAAGCGUGAACAUUCACCAAAGCAACGUCCAAGAAGCCAUCAAUAAGCUGAUGUUUUAUGCUAAAAUUCACAGUGCAUCAUAAAUUACGUGUAUGGUGUAGGGAGAGACCAAGAAUGGUCACACUACUCUCUGUGUUCUUACGCGUUCGUUUCGUCCGACCAUCCGGCAAUUAAAUGCAGUAAUGGUAGCUUUGGGAGUGUGAGAGACAGAGAGACUCCAUGAGAAACGUGCUAUUAAGUAAAUUGAUUUCAAUUUGAGUGCGUAUUUAAAGUUUUAAUGACAAUACACCAGGCGCCUCCACUGGGGAGGUGAGAGUAUAGUGCGGAAGAAAAUUGUGUGAUGAAAUGAGUGAUGUGUGAGGGUGUUGCAGUUGCACACAAAUUAAAACAAUCAAUGCUGCCCUAUCGACAAUUGUGUCACCAAGAGGGUGAGGAGUGACCUCCUCACCCUUUUCCAUAUCCUGUGCGGAAGCGCCGAGGGGAGUCGAAUGGGCCAGACGUCUAGCAUGUGCCGUUUCCGUGGAUGCCGCUACAAGAAAAGCCUACACCUGCGAAGCAUAGACGCGCCUCAGAACAGAAUGCCCGCCGAGCAGGGGGGCCCGGACUCAGGUACUCGUUCCGGUGUCCCCCUGCCCCUACAGCUGCCAGCCCCAGAUACGCAGGUCAGCUAUGAUGCAGAGUACGCUCGCAUGGAGGCCUGGCUGGACGAGAAUCCUGAAUUCACGCAGGACUACUUCAUCCGGAAGGCAACACGCCAAGUUGUGGAUGCGUGGCUUGUUAAUCACGCCACACCCGGAGCUGAAAUGUCAUCACCAACAUACAAUACAGGCGCGUGUUCGUCGCGUGGUGGAUCAGGAGCCACGACCCCAGUCAGAAAAAUCUCAGCCCACGAAUUCGAACGUGGAGGGUUGCUGAAGCCCAUUGUUAAUACAAUCGACGGUACACCGACGUUCCUCAGUGUUGGUUGCCAGAAUGACGGGGCUGCCGGCGGGAGUACAGCUCUAGUGGCGGGCGCAUCAGGCGGUGGUGGUGGCUGGGGGCGACCUCAGCGAUUGUCACGCAAUGAACUCAAGCUCCUCGAUGAGAAGGAGCUCAUUUUUGAAUUGGUGAAGGACAUCUGCAAUGAGCUCGACGUGAGGUCGCUGUGCCACAAAAUUCUCCAAAAUGUCUCAAUACUGCUGAAUGCAGAUCGUGGAUCUCUCUUCCUCGUGCAGGGGCGCACCAAUGCAUGCCAGAAUGGACCCAAAAAAUGCUUAGUAUCGAAGCUGUUCGAUGUGUGUCCACGGAGUACUUUGGAGGAGAUGGAGCAACAGGAGGAGGUUCGAGUUGCCUGGGGAACGGGAAUUGCUGGACAUGUGGCUGAGAGUGGAGAGCCAGUGAACAUUCCCGAUGCAUAUCAGGAUGAGCGAUUUAAUCGUGAGAUAGAUCUACAGACAGGCUACCGAACAAAGGCGUUACUCUGCAUGCCGAUCAAAGAUGCGACCGGGGAUGUUGUGGGUGUGGCACAAGUCAUCAACAAACUAAAUGGUGAUUCUUUCACUGAGAACGAUGAAAAGGUCUUCGUUCGAUAUCUUCAAUUUUGUGGCAUUGGUCUGCGGAAUGCUCAGCUGUAUGAGAAAUCCCAGCUGGAGGUGAAGCGCAAUCAGGUGCUUCUGGAUUUGGCGAGGAUGAUUUUUGAGGAGCAAAGUACGAUUGAGUAUAUGGUUUUCCGGAUACUCACGCACAUGCAGAGCCUCAUCCAGUGUCAGCGUGUGCAGAUUCUGCUUGUCCACGAGGCAUCCAAAGGCACCUUCUCGCGGGUAUUCGAUUUUGAGCCGAAUGACCUCAGUGAGGAUGGGAGUCAAACAAGAACUAGUCCAUAUGAAAGUCGCUUUCCUAUCAAUGUGGGUAUUACAGGGUUCGUGGCAAUGACUGGAGAGACUGUGAAUAUUCCAAACGUUAACGAGGACCACCGAUUCGACCAGAGUGUUGACGAGGGUCAGUGUUUUAAGCACAAAUCAAUUCUCUGUAUGGCCAUAAAGAAUUCACUUGGCCAGAUAAUUGGUGUGAUUCAGCUAGUGAAUAAGUUCAAUGAUCUGAUUUUCACGAAGAAUGAUGAGAAUUUCGUGGAGGCUUUUGCCAUCUUUUGCGGCAUGGGCAUCCACAAUACACAUAUGUACGAGAAAGCGGUGGUUGCAAUGGCAAAGCAGAGCGUAACCCUUGAAGUUCUGAGUUAUCACGUUGCAGCCUCCAUUGAUGAUGCCGUAAGAUUGAGGCGAUUGAAAGUCCCAUCGGCGGCCUUCUUCAAGUUGCACGACUUCAGAUUCGAUGACAUCCACAUGGAGGACAAUGAUACCCUUCUAGCGUCCCUGCGGAUGUUCUACGAUCUCUCCCUCGUGGAUCGCUUCAAUAUCGACACAGAUGUUCUAUGUCGAUGGCUUCUCAGUGUUAAGAGGAAUUAUCGGCAUGUGACUUACCACAACUGGAGGCAUGCCUUCAAUGUUACACAAAUGAUGUUCGCCAUUCUCACAACAACACAAUGGUGGAAGAUCUUUGGGGAUAUUGAGUGCUUAGCACUUGUAAUUGCAUGCCUGUGUCACGAUCUCGACCACCGAGGGACCAACAAUUCCUUUCAGAUCAAGGCAUCGUCACCUCUAGCUCAAUUAUACUCCACUUCCACAAUGGAACACCAUCAUUUUGAUCAUUGCUUGCUCAUCCUCAAUAGUCCGGGCAAUCAAAUCCUGUCGAAUUUAUCAUCGGAUGACUACAGCAAAGUAAUACAUAUUCUCGAGGAUGCCAUCCUUUCUACAGAUCUCGCAGUUUAUUUUCGGAAAAGGGGACCAUUUCUAAAUGCUGUUAAACCAAAUUCAAUGAACUACUGGCUGGCUGAUGAGUCAAGAAGCCUGCUACGUGCCAUGAGUAUGACUGUAUGUGAUCUAUCGGCUAUCACAAAGCCGUGGGAGAUUGAGAAGAGGGUGGCGGAUCUCGUGAGUUCGGAAUUCUUUGAGCAAGGCGACAUGGAACGGCAGGAACUCAACAUAACACCAAUUGACAUAAUGGACAGGGAAAAAGAGGAUCAGUUACCAAUGAUGCAAGUUGGAUUCAUCGAUUCGAUAUGUUUACCCAUCUAUGAGGCCUUUGCUGUAUUAUCACCAAAAUUGGAUCCCCUAGUUGAGGGUGUGCGCAACAACAGGGAGCAAUGGUUAAAAUUGGCGCAAUCGUGCAAUAGGAAGGCGAAGAAUGUCCGACACAAUUCCAUCCCUUCGCUCACGAAUCACAACAACAACCACAUCAACAAUCACCAUCCAGCAAGGCGGUCGAUAAGCAAUGUGUCGAGUAGUUUAGUUAAUCGUGAUAGUUGCUUGAGGACACCAAAAAUUGUCGGCAAGAUGAAUUGCUGUGCAAAUAGUGCCACAGUCAAUUGUACAGCCAAGCUCAAUGGCACGGCAAGCACCAAAAAGCUCCUCGAGUCACAAGAUUACUGCAACCAUCAAGUCACGGACCAAUGGGCAGAGUAAUAUGUAAUUAAGCUUUCUCACGCAGUGAAUAAGACAAAACACACACACACAUUUUACUAUAUAUGUACACAAGUACCUUCAUGUUCUCUCCUCUUCUUUUUCUUUUAAUUCAACAAAAAGAAUAAGAAAAGAAAAAAAAACCCGCGUGCACCAAUGAUUUAGAAAUUUUUGAGGGGAUUUUGGGAAUAUUUUCGUUUUUUUUUCUUUUAAAUUCAUGGACAACGGGAUGGUUUCUACUUCAAAAAUAAAUCUCUAAUCCCACACAUAUUUAAACACUUUAUAAAUACUUCCCUACACACCCCCACAAAGCUAUAAAAAAUGAAUCAUUGGGUGUUAUUUUCUUUUACUCUAAGAAAAAGAAAACAUGAUAAAUGCACUUAAAAAAAAAUAUAGUUCAAUUGAGCUUUAUCAGUUGACGGUGGGAAAAGCACAAGAAGGAAUAUUUUUUCAAUUAGCGCAAUUGUGUAUAAAAAAAGUGACUCUGAAGCUAAAGAAAAGAAGGAAAAGAAAAUUGUGAUGCUCUCUAAAUUGUAACAUAAAGAAUUAUUUAACUUAUAUAAUAGCAUAAUAAACUAUGGACAGAA